CAGUACUGUAUGUUGAAAAACAGAACUGUGGCUACAGAGAGAAACAUAAGAGGCAGGGAGAAGAGGAGCUUUCUCCUGUACUACUUUGGCACAAAAAUACCGGCCAGCUAGUCAGUGAGGGUCACAAUCACAUGACAAAGGCUGAGUGACGGCUUCAUCAUCCUCAUCUUUCAAAUAUUUCCUUUAAUUGUCUUGAAAAAAAUCCAUCUGUCUUGGUGCGUGGUUCCUGAGCAGUCUCUUGGCAUGGAUCAGUUCAAAGAGGAAUGGAAGCAAGAGUGUGCCGUUCUCUCAGAACCAAUGUUGUUGCUAUGAAGGGUGGCAGCAGGACUAAGGACCCCCCUGUGGAGGGAGAGGUGAGUGGCAAACGACCAAAACGCAAGUGUCUUCAGUGGCACCCUUUGCUUUCCAAGAAAGUGCUUGACUUUUCUGAGGAGGAGGAGGAAGAUGAGGAAGAGGAGCUUGAAAAGGAGCAUCAUCUAAAUCCUGAGGGACUAGAGAUUGAAGCAGAUGAAACUGAAGAUGAAGAAUCUUCUGAACAGCGUGCUCGUAGACCUAUGAAUGCCUUCUUGUUGUUUUGCAAAAGACACCGCUCACUUGUACGCCAGGAACAUCCACGGCUAGACAACAGAGGUGCUACCAAAAUCUUAGCUGACUGGUGGGCAGUGCUGGAGCCUAAAGAAAAACAGAAGUACACUGAUAUGGCCAAGGAGUAUAAGGAUGCUUUCAUGAAGGCAAAUCCUGGAUACAAGUGGUGUCCCACGACCAAUAAGCCAGUGAAAACCUCAUCUCCUACAGUCACGACCAGAAAGAAAGUUUGGACCUUUAGCCCAGACUCAUCUAAAGACUUCCCCAUUGCAAAAAAAACUGGCAGAGUAGAAGAUACACCACAGCUUAAUUUUGCCAUGGCAGACCCUACACAAAUGGGUGGCCUCAGCAUGUUACUUCUAGCCGGUGAACAUGCACUAACAGCAAGGGAGAUCAGCUCUACUACAUCAUUCCCUGAAACCCCGACUACUGACAAACAGUGUGGGAAGUCAGCAUUGUUCCAGCUUGCUGAGCAGAUUUCCUCAAGUACAUCUCCUGAAGUAACAGAUAAUGCAAAGCAGCCAGCAAAAUCUACUCUGUUUCAAUUUGCAGAGAUCUCUUCUAGCACUUCUCAAAUUGGGUUCACGGACUCCUGUAAACCCGGUGGAAAUUCCUCACUAUCUCAACUGGCUGAGAUCUCUUCAUGUACAUCCAGUGUCCCCGCAGGAAAGCAGUGUGGACAGUCUGCACUCUUCCAACUGGCAGAGAUGUGUUUAGCAUCCGAGGGAGUGAAAGUUGAAGACUGUGACAAACUGACAGAUAUAACCCCCGUGGAAAAUCCCCAAAAUGCUGAGACCUGUUUGGAUAAAAUCAAGGAAGAAAAUGAAAGCAAGUCUCAAAACUGUGACACUCAGGAUGUACUAAAUAUGGCACAAUCAUCAUCUUCCUCCUUAUUUUCCUCUUCGUCAUCUUCAUCAUCUUCCACUUCCUCAACUCCAACUGAUGUCAGCCUACUUGAAACUGGUAAAGUGGAGAAAGUAAAAAAGAAGAAAAAAAAAGGCAAGGUGGACACAAUGAAAACUGAGAAGUUAAUGCACAAAAAAAACUGCAAAAAGAGACAGUCUUCUGAGUCAGACUUGGAAAGUGUUAUUUAUACAAUUGAAGCAGUUGCUAAAGGAGACUGGGGAACAUCAGGAUCAGGCAUACAGGGUGAGGAGACACCCCCCAAAAGAAUGUGUUCCUCUUCUGCUAUUCGGCUGAAUCCAAUGCCACCAAAGAAAUUGAAGUCCAAAGUUAAGAAAUUACUGAAGACUAAGGACCAGGAGCAAGUCAAUGACUCUGAGCUUCCUGACUUGAAUGUUUCCACGCCUAGCAUCAAUGUAGAUUUUGAGACAAUGGACAAAAAGAUGGUAAUGAUUGAGACCACAGAUAAUUGUGAAGAACAUGUUCCCCAGAGCCCCACACAUUUGUUAAUUAAAUCAGAAGAAAAGGAAAGCAGCUCAAAGAUAGAAAAUUGUGGAUCACGGAAAUCUGAGCGAACAUGUAAAGGAGCUUUGUACAAGACACUUGUGUCAGAGGGAAUGUUAACAUCAUUGCGGGCAAAUGUAGAUCGAGGUAAACGAGGCUCAGGAAGAGGAACAACUUCAGAUCAUGAGGGAUGCUGGACUGAGGAGAAUUGGUCAUUUUCACAGACAGGCUCAAGCAGCACCAAGAAGUUGAAGAAAUCAAAAUCUAAAGAUGAUUCUCUUCCAGGGUUGGGAAAGUUGGGAGAGGAAUUUGAAAAGAAGUUCAACAGCCUUCCUCAGUAUAGCCCUUUGACAUUUGACCGCAAGAACAGCUUUGCUAUGAAAAAGAAAAAAAACAGUGGAAAUGGGUUAUCAGAGCAACCAAAACAAAAUAAAGGUUCAUCUCCGUCUCAAAAGAAGAACUUAUUCCACAAGAUUGUCAAUAAAUAUAAGCACAAAAAGGAGAAGUCUAAUUCUUUAGAAAAAGCCAUACCUACACAAGAUGCACAUUCAGAUGAAGCAGUCCAGAAAAUUAAGAAGUCUUCAGCAUUGAGUGUAAUUGCAUCUGAUUCAAUGGGAGCAGGGGAACCUCUUGUGGGCAGCCAGAAGAGGAAAGCAAGAAAGACCAAAAUAACCCAUUUGGUACGGAGUGCAGAUGGAAGAGUAUCUCCUGCUGAAGAAAGCAGAACUAGGGAACUGGUACAAAGCCCAGGAGAAAAGCCAUUAAAAGAAGACACAUUAUACAGUGAGGAUUGCUACAGAGAAACAAAGGCUCAGUCUAUGUGCAGUAUUACAGCAGACAUGCCAGCUGUAUCUUCUAUUCCAGCAUUUGUCAGCUUGGCUGCUCUGGCUGAGGUGGCAGCAAUGGAGAAUGUACACAGAAGUCAGCGUUCUCUGCCACAUGAAGGACAGCCAAAUGAAAUGGCCCAAACUCCAGUCCUUAUUUCCUGCGCAGAUCAGUGAUGACUAUUUUGAAACACAAAUGAAAGUGUUCUUCAGUGAAGAAACUAUGAACUUUCAUUUGCUUACCUCCUUGCCAUGCCCUGACUGCGAAAGAUUGCAUUAGGAUACCACUCUGUGUGACUUGAGGUUUUCCUUAAAACUUGCAAGAACUUGAAUUUAGUUUUGUGGGUUUAUUCCCUCUUGUUAAACACAGAAGAUUAAUUUUAUAAAGGAGAGGAGCUAAACUGGUCACUUUGUUUUUUGUUAAUACUUGUCACUUAGUGGGCUGUGACAAGUUAUGCAUUUAACUGUUGAAAGGAGAAGGCUGCUGUUUUAAAGGUCAAGUUUUGUUUAAAAAUUGCAUUUUUGUUACUUUUUUGCUUUACAUUUUUUAUGUAUUGAGAAUAACCAACUUUUUGCUACAUUUUGUGUCAGCAUUGAUCAUACACUGUAUGAAACUCCCUCCCUAUAUGUAUUUCAGGCAUCUUCUCCGGUUUGGUGAGUCAGCCAUCCUUCCUGAAUUAUGUGGUAUGGCAGAUGCUCUGUGCAGAAGGCAUUAUUUAAGUGAAUUAAACUGGGAAAGAUGUAUUAUUAGCUAUACAAUCUACUAUACAAGUUUUUUUUUCUAUAUAAUGAUUUUUAAGAAUAUUUAAUUAUAACAAAGUAUAUUUAAAUAGUAAGUUAUGUUUUCUUGUAUCUAUUUCAGGGUGUCAAAAAUCAAGAAAAAAGUGAUAGACUGUCGUUAAAAGCCAAUUUAAGAAAAAAAGUUAAAAUAAAGUGGUUAAAAAAUGUAAUUUUAAUCAUAUGUGCAAAUUACACUUAAAAUGAACCAAAUGAUCCAUGCACUUUAGUGAGUAAAAUACUUGUUUUUUAUUUGAAAACAGGAGAUUUAAAUGCUUCCCAGUAAUACAAAACUGCUUUCUGCAAAAUACCAAAAUACUGUCUUUUCUUUUUUCUUUGGUGAAAAUUAAAGUUUGGUGCACAAAAAAGCAAUACACCAGUACAACUGAAGGGUUUAACACGGGGAAAACAAAUUGCCCUUUCCUUAAACAACCGUGCAUAGAUUUACUUGGUAAAAUAAAAGAAAAGUAGUUUAUACAGAUUUUUUUCCUUCCUGAAAGACAAUCCCUCCUUAGUACUGGUAAAGUUUACAUUGUUGCAGUGCCUAGAUAAAUGCUGUGUUCAUGAAAAUGUUAAUGUAGUCUGCUUUUCUUACUAAUGGUGUAAUGAACUAUUUUACUUUGGAUAGAGUGAAGGAGACAUUAGGACUUCUAGAGAAGUGAAAAUGAGCAUCUCAUGAUUUAAUUCUAUAGAAAAUCUGUAUAGCCAUUGCCAGUAAGGCUUAUAUGCAAAACUUUUUGAAGUGUUUAUGGUAUUACCAUUGCAGCCUUCAACAUACUUGUUGUACUGAGCUAUCUGUGUUCCCAAAAAUGACUUGUUUGAUAAUGUGUAAUUAUUUGAUACUUCAACAGAGUCAUCUGUACACAGUGCACCAGAACUCAGUUUUAUAUUUAUAAUGCUAAAAGUGCUGAAUAGAUUGAUCACUGCAUUUAAAAAAAAAGUUCAAAUACUUGAAUGUGAAAAUGUAUUUUUGUGACAACUCUUGACCUUUAGCACAGUCUGUGUAGCUUUUCUAUUUAAUGCAAGUGUGUGCUAGUAAUUUUCUUUUGUAACCUCCACACUGCAUUAACUCCUAUAUAGAACUACUAGUCUGACAUCAGUUCGAUUCAGAAAUUUCAGUUUUGUCUAAGUUUUUAAAUUACAUUAUUUCUUCCAUUCCAGACAUGACAAAUUAUUUAUGCGAGUGGUUUCUUUGGGUAGUGGGUGGUUGGUGUGAUGGGCAGAAUAUUGACACUUUAUCAACUGCAUUUCAGAGGAACAUGAUAUGCUUUUCCUUUUAAAGAUGCCAAUUAUUAACUUCAACCAAACAUAUAUAAAAAAAGUGCUAUAAAACAUAAAUAAACUGUUUUAAGGAAAAAUAUCAACGUAAUAUUGUUCCCUAUCCAACAUGGCCUCAUUCUUUUAAACCUUCAUUCAUAUAGGUGUCAUCACUGUAGUGGUUCAAGACAGAACAUUGUCCCAGUUUCUAAGUUUUUCUUUAACACCAGCAUUACACUGCAAACAUUUUGUAGCUUCUGGGAGAAAACUCAUGCCUUUAAAGGGCAUUAAAAAACAGCAUAUUAAUAAUUAAAAACAAUGGUGCUUUACUAUAAAUAACAUUAUUAAGUUUUCUUCUUGCCCCGUUUCUGCAUUGUUUUGUUUUUUUUGUAUCUGCCUUCACUGAACAGAAAUCCAUAUGCCAUUUUUUGUACCUCAUUCAUCUGCAAAUGUUUUAACAAUUUAAUUUAUGGUGUCCCAUUAAGUCUACUCUAGAUUGAAUGUUUUUUGGGUAUGAGAUAGAUUUUUUUAUUUGAUUACAGUUUAUACAUACUUCAAAUAUUCUUUUUAUGUCAUUGCUGGUAUUAGUGUUGCUCGUUCUAAUUUUAUUUUAUAUAGGGUCAUCAUUGACAUGAACAUUUUUCAUUUAGAGUAGUCUAUUUGCUUUUAUUAUAUAGUCAAAUGUUAUGACAUCUUUUCAUUAAUUAUGUGUACCUCAUUUAAAGAUACAAAGUAUUUAUUAACGAAUGCUUCACAGAACCACAAGCGUUUUUCUGAAAACUGCUACAUUACGAAUAGUCCAGUUUACAAAAUAAAAACUGCUUUGAAAGUAACCUUUUUGAGUAAAUGUUUCUGUGAUGAAAUAACCUGGGAAAAAAUGUGGACAGUAGAUAGUCUUACUGCCAAAUUAUUCAGCAUUAUGAAGAGGUUCUAAAAAAGCAGUUAAACCCUAGUUCAGUUGUCAUUUUUCUCAUUAUGUUGUAGAUUGACAAUAUUGAUCUGCAGUAAUUAAGUUUACUAUAAAUUAUUUCUGUGGAAAGGUUUCAAAGAAUAGAAAAAUAUGAUAUGUAUACCAGUUGAAUAUCUUGACUUUUAUAAACAAAUGAAAAAUAUAUCCCCUCAAAAAAAAAAGUCUGAUUGUAGCAACGCUUAUUUGACAAUCUAGAAAUAUUUAAUAAUGUGCUUGUUUCAUUUUUUUUAACAAAUCCUCGGUUACUAGGUGCCGGAAGAAAAAGAUUUACGCUUGUUUUUAAGAAUACCUGUCAUAAAAAUAUUUUAAUCAAAAGCUUUUAUACAAAAGAAAGUGAAGAAAGCAUAUUAAAAUUGUCUGAGUACGUCAAAGAUUUGUUGUUAAAAGGGAUCACAUAAAUUUCUUGAAUAGACAAAAGAUUUGAAAAUGUCACCUAUUUGUGCCUUUUCAAACAGAAAGUUUAUGACUGAAACAACUACCAAUUGCUAACUUUUAGAACAUAGGUCUGAUAUUUAUCAUAAUCCCAUUACUUUUGGUCGGUUUCCAUUCUUCUUUAACACACAUACAUAUACUCCUACAAUCUUCUUGCAUGCUUUCUCUUUGCAGUUAGUAUUAUAAUGUGGGCAUGUAGCUGAUAAGUGAUUUUGUAGCGUUAAAUCACAAAUUUUAAAAAAGCAGCUCGUGGACUAGCCAAAAUAUCACAUGGUGAAUUAUUAUAGCCUUCUCUUUAUUAUCAAUGGAACAGUUAUUGAAAUUUUUAUUUAAUAGCUGACACUGUUUUUUUUAAUAAUAACAUUCUAGCCUUGGAUAUACAAAAACACAUGUAUUUUUCCAGAUUAUCUUAGUUGGUUUCCUGAUUUUGCAUAUUUAAAGUACAUGGCUAAUAUUAGAUAAAUUAUUACUGUAGGUUUGAUCUGAUAUCAGAUAACCUCACAGGAUUGUCUUUUAUUUUUCAAGUGAGGUACUUAAGUCACAUCUUAUGUGUAAAAGUGUUGGAACAUUUCAGCAUAACAUAAGACCAGUUUAUACCACCAGGUGACAAUAAAAGACAAAUGCAAUGCAUGAAACUGAAAAAUGCAAGCUGCCCCCAGGAUGUUUCUCUUUUAGAAACAUUUUUUUUAAAAAUAAUUUCUUGUAUUUUUGUUUUACUUUACAAAUAUACAAAAUAGAGUGCAAAAUGAUACUUAUUAUCAUAAGAUUUAAAUGAAUCUAUAAAAGAAUGAAGCCAUGUUUACUGCCUUUGGCCUUUAAAAGUUGCGCUUUUCUUCUUAGUUCUCUGUUUUGUGCAAUAAUCCUUUUUUAAUUAAAUUGAUCCUUCUUUUUCUUUUUUGUAAUUGACUUUUUUAUAUUUGUCAUUUUUAUUUUCUCCCUGUCAAUGUGGCUACAUUUGUAUUACAUACAUAUGUUCACUUAUGUCAAAUGCAAUUCUUUCAUUUGACUUCUUUACCUCAUAGACCUCUGUUUGGGUUAGAUUUACUGAAUAAUGACUGUUGUGUAAUGCUUAAUAGAAACACAAUAAUUUUAUUUCUUAAUUCUAAAGCACGUAGGCACUGAAACUUGUAGACAUUUUUGCAAAGCCUUUAGUCUAAUAGCUUUUAAGACUUCUAUUUUAAAGUACUGUGUCAUUUAUAUUGAGAGUUUCACACACAUGUUAAUUAUAUUUGUUUUAGAAACAUGUUGUAUAGUUUUGUGUACAUUUCUGCUUCCCAACUACAUGAUACUGCUGAAGAAUUACUUUAUUUAAGUGUAAUUACUUUUAGGUUUUACUGAAUACUUAUAGAUUGUAGAAUUCAAAUCAUUAAUUUAAAGCAAGUUUUUAUUUUAUUUCAACAUAUCUUUGACUUAGCUAUAAGAGUAGCUGAGAAUACUAUCUAAUAAUUGAAAGAAAUUCAUGCCAUUCAUUAUACAGUGAGCAUAUUUAUUUGUGAUCCUAAAACUAUCUUUUUAAACAGUUAACACUGUCACUUUUUCUUCAAAGUGGUAUCUUCAGAUAAUAAAGAAGAGGUAAGGGUUCACUAGUGACCCCAUCAAUUUAUACAGUUUAUAUGUCACAUUGUACAAUUUCUGAAAAGGUUAAUCCACCUUUUCCUGCUCACUGCAUGUAAUAAAUAGAAACCAACAGUGCUUAUAAUUCUUGUGAAGCUCGCUAUGAAAAGCCAUCUACCAAUUCUUUCACCCAUUUUCCUACCCUCCUUUUUGCGUUAUUGAGUUUUGAGCAGCUGGAGCAGGAACCAAAACAGAAUGUAACACCACUCCACUGCAGGAGAUACAAAUAUUCACACAUGGCCAAUUAAGUUUUUCAUUUUACUUAUCAUGAAUGUUUUUGAUUUGAAAGAAAUAUUGAAUACUUGGAGAAAAACCAAUGUGAGGAAAGGGAGAGUGUGCAAAUACCACAAAGACAGUGUCUGUACUGAGAUUUCAGCACACCUCCCUAAAGUAGUAUACAUUUAUAAAAAGAUUUUUAUUUAAACUACAUUUAAAAUAAAAGGGAUCAAGCAUGUCAGGGACAAUAAACUAGAAAACCUGUUGCACUGAGCUGGGAGUAGCCCUGCUAUUUUCAGAUAGAAAAUCAGCACAAAUUACUCUAGACUUGCAUUUUGUGGUACUCUGGCUUAAUCAUUUGACAUCAUUGUUUCAAAAAGAUAAUAUUGGUAAAAAUAAACAGUAAUAUGAUUGUUGUAUCUUACCAAGCUAUCUUCUAACAGCUUAAAACAAAUGUCGGUUUCGGUUAAGGACAUUUAUUUCUAAAGAGAUUUAUGUCUGUUUUGUAGACUUGAAGGAAAUUACCAAAACAUUGUCCAAGGUUGGUUGUAAAACACAACCUUUUAUUCUGUUCAGGUGCAUCAACAUGUAAAGGAUUGUAAUGGAUAAGUAGACCAAUGUUUGCUACUUAGAAUACUUCUAUAAUUGUGUGGAUUUCUUAUAUUGCAUUUGGUAAACAUACCCUUUAGUGUUAGCAUUGCCUCUUGAAUGUAUUAGCAUUUUUAACUUGUAUUUUUUUAUUUUUAAUGUGUUUUGUAAGUUUCCAUUAGUGUGUGACUGAUUUAUUUUAAGAAGGACUUUGCAAUAUAUAUAGAUAAUAGAUUAUUUGUGAUAUUGGCUGUUUGUCCAGAUAUACAGCAACCAUCUACUUUCAUAGCUAUAAUUUAUUUUAAAGUCUAUGGAGUAUAUAUUAGUAAAAUGUAUAUAUGUUUAAAAAUUAUAUCUAAUUUUACAGUUGUUUAAUUUGUUCAGAUAUAAUGAAACUAUACAAACCACACUAAAUGCAGAUAAAUAUUUGUCAGUAUAGACAUAUUGCCAAAACUUCCUAAUUUUAGUUAAAAUAUAUUUCAUAUAUUCAUUCUCACAUACUGUGUAUUAUUAGUGUUUGAGACCUUAGAAAAUGAAAUUGCUGAAAAUACUGCUUGAAAGUCUAUAGAACUAGCUAGUUCAGCUAGAACGUUAAUGCUUCCAAACAUAUGUGCAAUUAUCUUUAACUAGUUUUCAUUGUAUGUAUUUCAUUUUUGCUCCUUAAUUAGUCUUUUUGCUACCUUAAACAGACCGAAUUGCUCAGCCUAAUUCUUUUUUCUACCUUUUGUUUCUACAAUUCUGGUAUACAUCGGUUGGUAGCUUUUCUAAUGAAUCUAUCCUCAGUUAGGGAAAGAGACUAAAGGGUGUGCAAGGAAAGCAAAAUGCACGCAUGCCACCAAGAACAGAAUGUUUGAGACAAAAUAUGCAUAAUAGUACUUAAUAGUAGAUUUCUCGUGGCAGCACAUUUUAUUAUUUUUUGGUUAGCCAGCAACUAUUAGUAGCAUAUUUAUUUGCACACCUUGUCCCUGCUCAGGAUAAAGCAGUUACAGAAAACAGAAAAGUUUGUGUGUGUACACAAAUAUGGUAUGUGUAUAUGUCUAUGAGUAUAUACAUUUUUUACUUACUGUACAUAUACAGUAUAUUGUAUAGUACUGCAUACAAAAACACGCACACUCAAAAAUGGCAUUGAAAGUGCUAUAAUUUCAAAAUCAGAAUUGAGCACAUUAAUGUCUUCUGAAGGAAACGUUGCCUCAUUUUGUCAGGAUGAUCAUGCAUAUCUGCAAUUCACUUAGAUUAAUGUAUUUUGUUAGUACUGUAUCAUGAGAUAAAAACUUGAUUGUUGCAGCCCUUUCAUAAAUGCAGCUUUGCCUUAUUCUUUGACAGAUUCAGAAGGAGAGAAAUUAUGCAAUGCAGCAUAUUUACUAUAAAAUAUUUCUACAGUUUCAGAUUUUAUAAGAGUGCUGUUCAAAUAAUCUUGACUAAUAGCAGCCUAAUAUAUGUAAAUUCUUUUAAUAGCAAUAUCUAUUUUUUAUUUUACUUCAUUGUAGUUUAAUUUUGGAAAGUUCUUCCUUAUGUCCAGGAUUGAUUCAAUAACACUAUUACAGUUAAGUAAUUAUCAAAAUUAAUACAUAUAUAAAUUAGUAAUAAGUCAGAAGGCACUUAUGUUUGAAAAUAGUAAUGCAUUUAAAAGAUUAUAAUCAUUGUGGUUAUUGUUUUGGUCUCUUUUAAAUUGUUAGAAAAAUAAGGAUAACAUGCAAGGAUCUUAAAACUCCGUAAUUGUGAAAUAACUUACAUAGGCAAAAAGACACUUUCUGGAGGAAAUACAUACAUUAAUUUGCUUUUGUUUAUAGUUUAGCAGAUGUAGCAUUUUAAUGAACUAUAGUAAUUUGGUUAUAGACAAGGUUUUAUUUAUAAACCUUUGUUAACCCCUGAAAAUAUGAUACUUGCAGCAACUGUCAGCAGGAGGCAUUAUUUCAUUACUGUUACAGCCUGUUGACACAUAGUUCACACUUCCUUUUUAUACUUAUUUAAUUGUUUUUCAUCAUUUGCAAUAUUUCUGGCAGUGCAUUAUUUACAUUGCACCAUGUUUAAUUGAGGACAUUUGAUGAAACUCACAAUUAGUAGUAUAAGGAAUGUCCCAGAAUUUUCAGGAGUGUGUAAACCCUCAUAAAGUAUAAUCUUCACUCUCAAGGAACAUACUUCAUCAUCACAAUUUUAUAUUUUGAAUUAUUAGAACUGUAUUUGCUCUUAAUUCUGCCUUUAACUUAUGUUCUGCACAUGGAAUAUUUUUAGUAAUGAAUUUUCCCAAAACUAGCAGUUGCAACAGGUUUUAAAAAGUCAUUGAUUUUAUAUCUGGUAAUAAUAUGUUAUAUCAAAGAUAUUUGUGCUUCCUAUAAUUACUUUAUAAGAUUCUCAUGAAGGAGUUUUAUUUUUAAUUUAUACCUCUUUACUGUUCCCAUGAAAACAACAAAACAAAGCGCUUCAGAGCUGCUGUAGUCAUUGGCACUGAGGGAUUUCUUUGUAACCAAUAUACCAAUAGUUCAGUUAGACUUUUGCACUUUUGGUUUUAUUUUAACUGUUCAGUCUUCUUAUAACUUUAGAAUUUACCAAAGUAUUUCCAGCAAUUACAGUUGAUAGGAAAGAAUGGAGCUUCAGUUUAUUUUAAUAAUACAGUGCCUGGUGAAUACUCUGUUCACAUGUAGAGAGAGGCCAGUUGCUUUUAUUAAAGGAGUAAUCCUACAUCAUCACCACUAGAGGGCACUUCCACAUGAUCCAAAUAAAGAACAAUGACACAAAUUAGGCACUUCAAAGCAGUCUAUACAAAUUUACGUUACUCCAGUUGAUGUUGGGCUGCCACAACCAAACACGUGCAGUGUGUUACAAUACUUGUAUAAACCGAUUAGGUUUAUGUUACAAUUGAGACAGCACUUUCUCAUACCAUUGAACUCUGAGACUCUUAAGAGAUGAAAGUAAAGUGUUAAGGACCAAAUAUGUUUUUAUUUUAAUUAGCUAAACAUUAUAAUGAUUUUAAAUAGAAUAUCAGAUUUAGAUGUAAGGGCCUCCAUUGAUUCCUUAUGGAACUAAAUAUUACUUAUUUCAAAAAGAUUUUGUUUUAAUUAGCUUUAGGUUUUUUUGUGGUUAAAUGCUCGGUUUUUUGAAAUUCUCUCCAUUUAACAUUCUGGUCACAGUGUAUGUACAGUGAGUUAAUGAGAACAUGAGGUUGUUUCCCUCAAGAUGGCCUAAGUAAAUAAGUCAUUAAGAUCUAAAAAGGAGGCAGUCAUUGUUUAGUAUGGUUUCUUGUUCUUAAUUUCAGAAGAUUUUUCUAUGAGAUCACUAAGUUGGAGUAGGUGAUAAGAAAUGGAGACUGCCAUAUUUUGGUUGAUGAGACAAAAGCACAAGAUCUCCCCCUGCUGUGUUAAGAAUACAGCCUGGAAUAAAGGAAUGAUAAAUUAAACUAUAACAAUAUUCCUGUAUGGUAAUUUUGAGCAGGGAAUAUGUAUUUUAAACAGGGAAGGUAAACUGUAUCUGUUUCACACCAGAUCAAUUUUCAUCUUCCUUUUUUUUUUUUCUUGAAUCGGGACCCUUUAAUUUAAAGUCAUAUUUAUGAAGAUUAUUUCAGACGUGAGUGCUACUUGUUUUAGUAGUUAUUAUACUAUUUCUGUGUCUCUUAAAAAUUUUAUUCCUCCGUUGAAAAGAAGGAUUUCAGGAGAAGCUCCCUUUCUCUUUUAUAAUUUUUCCUUUUUUUCAAUAAUUUCUUCAGAUCCAGCUAGUCCAGUGUUCAUUUUAAGUCAUCUAAUUCUGCCUUUGCAGCCUUUAGGUCUCAUAUUAUGUUUAAAAGUACUAUCAUUCUUGCUUUUCAGUAAUUCCAUAUUAUUUCUGUUUCAUUUUACUUAUGCAUUUUGUUUAAAAUUACUUAUUGUCUUUUAUAAAGAAAUUGCCUUGUAUUACUUCCAUUUUGGGUAGAGGAAGAAUUGCAUUUUGUGGGUGCGUGUCUGUUCCACCUGUUCCACUGCUGCUUGAGGUUUGCAGCAUAAUCUUUUAAGAUUAAACAAAUCAGAUUAUAAGAACUGGCUUGAAUUUUUACAAUAAACCUUACAAAUGUAUAAUGAUACAACAAUGCUAUGGGACCUAAUAAAUUAAAAGAAACCAUGUUUACUGCCCAUUUAAAGGCAUUUGUGUACACAAUAGUUUUUUUAGCCCUAUUCGUACUGAAUUUCAUAUGUUCACUGCCUGAUUGUUAAAACUUUAUUAUUUUUAUCACACUGUGACUCUUCUCUAGUAGUUUGAGAACAAUAAAGGAUGGGAAUGAAAUAAUGAGUAUCAUUAUCCCGAAAUGCCUGGAACCAGAAGUAUUUCAGAUUUUGUUUAUUUUUAGAUUUCUGAAUAUUUGUAUAUACAUAAUGAAAUAUCUUCAGGAUGGAACCUAAGACUAAGCAAGAAAUUUAUAUUUCAUAUACACCUAAUAAAUAUAGCCUGACGGUAAUUUUAUUCAUAAUUUUUUAUGAUUUUGUGCAUUAAGCUAAGUUUGUGCACAACAGCAUCAUCAGAAUACCUGUAUCAUCUUUUAAACAACAGCAGCAACAUACAGUGAGAGGCUUUCAGCCCCUACCAGUGAUGCUGUGUUUUGCUAAAAAGAUUACUGUACCUAGAGAAUAAGCAAAAACACAGUUAGUAAUGCACGUAGGUUUGGCGGUGAUGAUGUUUGAUAGUAAACUGGCGACAGAAUGUCAUAGCCUAAGUUACCUCUAAGCUACACUGGUACACAGUGGUACACCUUUUUUUAUUUGCAUCAUGCAGCACUUUUGAACUCCCACACAGCCAUUAUCACACCACUAUCCCGCACAGCAGCUUAAAAGUAUGGCAAAGCUGUUAGCACGCUCUUCACCGUCCUCCAGCAUGUCUCUUUGUUCAUGUUUUGGUGCUUCACAGUGCUCAACAGUCCACCUGGGAAUCCUCUCCCCACUUGUGUACUGGUGAUUCAAAAUGCUCAGCAGGCAAAUGAAGAUAGAACUUGGUCAUAAAGUUAAUGUGUAUUUUCACAUCUAUUCAUCAGUAAAAAAAAAUUAUAAUGGGAACAUUGGUCGGAGCCUCACAUGGGAAAACAAGGCAUAUUGUAGAAUUUUCCACUUGUGGUAUGAUGUCACCGCUCAAAAGGUUUUGGAUUUUGGAGCAUUUCGGUUUAUGGAUGCACAAUCUGCAUUUAUGAUGAUGUAUACAGCUGAACAAAAUACUACUUCUGUUGAGCAGUUGAAUUUCUGGUUUGGACUUCAAACUACUGUGAAAGUUAUGUAUGACCUAUGAUACUUGUUAAAAUAAUGGCAGUCUAUACUAUAAAAUAUAAAUUACAGAUACAAUAGGUUUUUUUAUAUUCUGACCACAUUUAAAUCCAAGUUAAUGAAUCAAAAAUUGAUAUAAACAUCACAGAAAAAGUUCUGAAGUACAUUCUAAAUUAAUUUUGGAGCUGAAAGUGUUAUAGUUGGAAUUGCACAACAGAUGACAAUGCAUUAUAUGCCAGUUGUCCAGCAGACUACUAAAAACAUAAACAUCUCUAAAAUUAGAGUUUUUUUUGAGAGCUACGAAAAGCAAAUUGAUAAAAAAAAAAAAAGUCCCUAGUAAUUAGCAGUUAGACACAAAAACUAUAGGUAGAUGACAUUAUGGCUUCUUAAAUUAUUUUUACUUGUUUGUGUAUUUUUAUUAAUUCUGUUUUUAUUUUGGUUGCCAUUUACAUUUAUGUACAGUGAUAUUACCCCCAUUCAACAUGAAACAUGUUUGUUUUAAUCAGAAUGUGCCUGUGUAUAUAGCUCCUUUGUAUUGCUUUAUUCAGAGUCCCUUAUAUAUUUCUAACUAAUAUACUGUGUGAAAAUUAAAUCCAGAGAAUUUACUACUGAAGAAUAAUAGAUCCAAGCCACUAGUAUCUAUACAAUUGCUUUAUUUGAGAAUAGUUAUUUUAUAUUGUGCAUUGUUUAUUGCCUGUCCUAUUUGUUUGUGACUUUUUCAAAUCUUCCUAUUGCUGUAUGCAGUUACAGUAUUCUUUACUAUACCUUACUAUCAGGCAAUAAAGCUUAUUACAUGUUUUCCA